AGUAAACUUCGGCCUGUUGUGUAUCAUAAUACCGCGGCGUGCACACGCGGGUGCUAACGGGGUUAGCGUGCGUCUUGCGUUAGCGGCACCGAGUCUGCCGCCGAUCAACUGAAUGCACCUUCGCCUCCUGCCUUCACCGCGGCCUCGCACACCCGUCCGUCUUCCGUGUCUGGGAAGAUCCCCGGGAUACGGUCAACAAAAUACUACUACGGAUCAGCAGCACGCGCGUGAAGCGCGCCGCGAAUUCGAUGAGCGACGACGUGGUGUUUUUCGGGGUACCAACCGAGCGUGAUCGCACGUAGAGGGAUCUAUCGAUCUUUCGCGAAGAUACCCUUGGAUCGCGUGGUCUCACAAAGAUGCAGUGACGACAAGUGCGCGUGCUCGAGGUGUUCGGAGUGAAGAACGUGUUUGAUAGCAAAUUUUUUUCUAUGGCGACUAUAAGACGCGUUUGAGAAAAACGGCGGGAAAGAUAAUUGUGGUGUUUAAUAUUUGCUCGAAUUUAUCGUAAAUAAUUAUUUGACUGCAUCGAGAAAACGAACAAGUAUUAUAAUCACAAGAGUUACACAGGUGAAGUUAACAACUAGACUCGUAUCCAAGACGCAUUGUGAACGAAUGCUAUGUAUAAAAAUAAUUAAUAAUUUCAUGGAAUAAAAAACGUUUUUUAGAACUCUAAAAAGCAAUAAUUCAUGAUUUUAAUCUUAUAAACACCUAGUGAUAUGUAGUAAAAUAAAAGAAAAACGCUCAUUUCUAAAAUAGUUUUCAAUUCUGUGAUAGAAGAACUAUAAUUUGCCAACGAGAAAAUAUCGAUAUUUUAAUGAAGAAGGGAUCGAUAAAAAGGAUAACAAUUAGCAAUUAGUUCAAGUAGGAGACAACUUUCAAGAAAUAUGUGCAUUGCGUGACUGCCUGUCGAAAUAGUGAAAACGUAGUAAAAAAAGGUCUUAUUUUACUUGGAUUUGUAAUUAUCUAUUGACUGCGAGGAGCAUCGGGAAAAUGCACACGCUAUUCGGCGAACAGAACGCGUACUAUCGGCACGCGACGGCGGUGCCGGUUGGUAUGGGUACGCCGUCGUACCCGGGGGUGGGCGCCGCCCCAGGUUAUUACGAACAGUAUCGCUACGGCGGUUACGCGACGGCCGCCGGUUACCCAGUGUCGGGUAUCGGCCAGCAGCACAUUCAUCACGCCGGCAAGGACAUGGUAAAACCGCCGUACUCGUACAUCGCACUGAUCGCCAUGGCUAUUCAGAACGCGCCCGACAAGAAAAUCACGCUCAACGGCAUCUAUCAGUUCAUCAUGGACCGCUUUCCGUAUUAUCGCGAGAACAAGCAGGGCUGGCAGAAUUCUAUCCGACACAAUCUCAGUCUGAACGAGUGCUUCGUCAAGGUGCCGCGUGACGACAAGAAGCCCGGUAAGGGCAGCUACUGGUCCCUCGAUCCCGACAGUUACAACAUGUUCGACAACGGCUCUUAUCUGAGACGCCGCAGACGCUUCAAGAAGAAGGACGCGCUGAAGGAGAAAGAAGAGGCGAUGAAGCGGCAGGGUCUGGUGCCGGAGAAGCGUCAGGAGGACGCCAAGUCCGGCAGCAGCCAGGUCGCUCUACCGCCGCCGUCGGACACGUCGGCGAAGAAGCUCGGCACACUGGAGACCGCCACCGGUCUGUGCAAGCCGAAGCGCGAGCCGGUCAACGAUCACACCAGCGGUAACCACUGCAUGGCGGUUCAGGCGACUAAGUACAGCCUGCACAGCCCGAUACAGGAGACGAAGACGACGACGGCGGUUGCGGCGCCCGGCCAGAGCGUCAUCCAGACCGCGCUGGGCCAUCAAGUGCAUCAGCCGCAUCAGGUGCACCAGGAGGCCAUCCAGGACGUGUCGAUGGGCCUCGAUCCGGCUAGCUUCAGUGUCGACGCACUGAUGACCACGCGGGACAACAGCGCCGGGCUGAUGGCGCGCGACAAUCAGCAUCACUCGCACCAUCCGCACGGUCUCCAGCAUCCGCACUCCAUUAUGAGCAGCAGGGAGUCCAUGGGCAGCGGCAGCAGGGACCUGUCGUCCGCGUGCACCACCACGACCACCACGACCGCCGCGGUGGCGGCGAUGAUGGCCACCACCGGCUACGGGCACAGCAGUACAGUUUCCAGGGGCAACGCCUCACCGCCCGGCACCAUGUACACGCCGUAUUGCGCACCGGCGGCCGCCGGCUACGCCAUCAUGGACCACGCCGAGUACAACUCGGCGAGGAAUCACGCGAAUAACGCCGUAGGACACUCACAGUGGUAUCAGGAUGCUGCUAGUCCUGAUACGGCGAUCUAUCAGGACACUCAGUCCCCGAGCUGCCAGCUUUACAGAUCGAGUCCGCCGACACCGCUCUCGACGGGUGCGGCGCCGUCUCCUCCGCUAUAUCACCGAUAUUACCAAGACUGCAACGCCGUCAACACCAGCGGCAAUCUUCCGAUAACGUUGCACAAGUACUGAGAGUAUCGAAAUUCAAGGUCCCACCAGCGGGACCUUGAAGACCACCAUGGCGAUCAUUACGAUCCGGGCUUGGUUUACGUGAAGCAAGAAUGGAUUCCCUCGUCGGACGAACUUGCCAAGGAAUGGAACUAGAAGGGAAAUGUCUCGGAGAGAACUGGUAAAAAGUAGUGUAACUCCCGCCCAUAUCGGAUCGUAUCUUCAUAUCGUGAAAGAUCGUCAAUAAGUAAUUAGCAAUUUGCAUAUUGACAAUGCGUUGAUGAAUGUCGUUCACGAUGUUAUAAUUGCGCGAUAAGUAGCGGUCGAGUUAGGAACUCUAUCGAGAUUUCUUGGUGGAAAGAGAGUGAAACCAAACGAACCCGCAAUAUCAUUUGUUUUUCAUUAUUCUGCAUUGUUGUAAUAUUUGUAACAAUUUUCGAUUAAUUUGCUCAAGACAAGUUUGCUAAACGGUAGCUGUUUUUACAAUUGUUAAGAAAUUAAAACUUCCGAGAAUAAUCGACUAGACGAAACUAGAGAUAACGCGAUACAAAUUUAAUAAUCUUAAUUGAAAGAUUCCGAGCCUGCAGACCCAAAUAAUUAAGAUAAAGUAAGUAAAUCUCGAAAUAUCAAUGUACAUAUUAAAAACAACAUAUAU